GGCGACGAGUGGUUGUUGUUUAGGUGGAUUUGUGUGGUAUCGCGAUUACUAUUAAUGUUGGACGUCGGCACAGAUGUUUCGUUAAGGCAACAUAUUAAGACUACUUUGCAUUGAAGGGAGUCAGCACCUGUUUCUUCCAAAGUUUUCUACUGAAAUAUAAAAUGAUGGGAGGGUCAUAUGCAGGGAACACAUUACUGGAAGGUGUUUCUAUCAACACCGGUAUACCUUUAGAUCAUAUAAAUUUUGUUGCUUCACAAGUUAUCUCAUUGGCUCUUGCUCCUUUAAUGCAAAGUGUAUUGCACCCUUCUAUUACAAAGUCAUCUGCCAGACAAGCCUUCGUACUUAUUGUUGGCAUAUUUUUAGGCUAUUUCGCCUUUGGGAUCCAAGUUAUUCAUCUUUUUGGGAUGCCAUCUAUUUGUUAUUUAUUGCUUCGAAUAUUAAACCCAAAAAUCGUCCAACGAUGGACAAUGAUGGUAGCCAUCAGUUAUUUGUCAUGUAUACAUUUGCAUCGUUUAUUCUACUCAGGUGCAGUAUAUGCUCUGGAUGUAACUGGCCCAUUGAUGGUUAUGACUCAAAAAAUCACUAGUUUAGCAUUUAGCGUACACGAUGGAUUCGCAAAGGAUAAUGAUUUGACACCUAGCCAGAAGCAUUAUGCAGUAAAAAAGAUUCCCUCAGUUCUUGAUUACUUCAGUUACAUAUUCCACUUUCAGACGCUAAUGGCUGGACCAAUGGUUUUUUAUACUGAUUAUAUGGAUUUCAUAAAUGGAACUAAUUUCCUCAAGCCAGGGAUAACACAAACUGAUGCUAAUUUAAGUGAUAGAGAUGUUUAUAUUAAACCUAAUCCGUUUUAUCCAGUUUUAAUAAAAAUUACUGUUAGUGUGAUAUUUGGAGUUUUAUUCUCUGUUUUGUUCUUCCCAAUUGAACAUGCCAAAGAAGAGGAAUUCUUGAGAAGAGGGGUAGUAUACCAAAUGGCAUACUUAUAUAUAUCAACUACCUCAGCAAGGUUCAAAUAUUAUCAUGCAUGGCUUCUUGCUGAUGCCAUUAAUAACAUUUCUGGUCUUGGCUUCAAUGGAUUUACUUCCGAUGGUAAACAGAAAUGGGACCUGGUAUCAAAUGUUGACAUUUUGGGUUUUGAGUUUGGUUUGAGCCUGAGAGACUGCAUUCAGAGCUGGAAUAUUUUGACUAAUUCUUGGCUUCGUAUGGUUGUUUACGAGAGAGUAUCGAAGAAGAAUGGAGUUUUUCUGACAUUCGCUCUAUCGGCAAUCUGGCACGGCUUUCAUCCCGGCUAUUACAUUACAUUCACAUCUGGUGCUCUCUUGACAGUGGCAUCUAGAACGGUCCGAAAAUAUGUUAGACCUCAUUUUCAAACUUCAUAUAAUAUGAGCAAGUUUUAUGAUGUUUUAACAUGCUUCUUCACCAGAAUCCUCAUGACUUACCUCACCUUUAGUUUUGUGCUCCUAGAGUUUUGGGCAAGUCUCCGUAUAUACUGGAAUAUGUAUUGUUGGCUGCAUAUACUGGCGCUGUUCACGAUCUUCGUUCUUCCAAGAUUUUUAGGUCAGAGUGAAGCUCAGUUACGCAACAGGCUUUCAAAGUUGGUUACAAAUAGUAAUGGUGUUAACAGCCUCCACGGCUAGGCCUUAAGUUUAGGUUAGAGCACAUGAUGCCUUUCAAACUUGUGGAGAUGUGGAAGUUUUAUUUCUUUUCAUUAUCAGUUUAUUUUAUUCACUUGAACAUCCUGAAAUUUUUUAUUUUUAUCAUAGUUCGUGGUGGUUUAAAAGUAUUUUGAACCAUUUCUGUUUAUUUAUGUAUAAUUUUGUUUAAAAUUUCAGUUCUUAGUUUUAAAAAUUUCGUAAAAUCAAAAUUUUUACAAAAAGAAGAGACCAAUUUAUUGAGUUUUGGUUUUACAGUAGCAAGAUGCAUUAUGUUAUUAAAACUGUUUUGACUAAAUGAUUUUCAUAAAAGAAGCACAGAUUGAAGUAUUUGCUUCUUUAAUAAUUAAUAUUUAGUAUUUAGGAAGUAUUUCUGUGAUAAUUAUUAAGUACCAUUGUUGAAAGUUCCUAUUUUGGUUUUGUUAAAAUAUUUAUCUUAAAUGCGUUGUAUAUCAUGAAAUUAUUUUUUUGUAUUUUCUACUGAAAUUUUUUUUUCUAUUGUUUUCUUCAAGAUAAUUAGUUAGUGCUUACAAAUUAUUUAUAGUUGCUUCGUGUUUACUGAUUUAAUAAAAUGUAGUUUUGUUUUUAUGUGGAUGAUCUUUUUUUGUUUUUUAGAGGAGGAUUAUUAUCAUUAUUUCCAAUUUUAUAUUUUUUAUUGAUUAAUCAUUUCUAAUCAUCUCGUUAAACUUUUUAAUUUUUUUCUGAUAUGUCUAUAAAUCUAUUAAGUGAUUUUUAGUAAUUGCCUUCGUUUUGGACUAACAUAUAUUAUGACUAAAUAUUUACAUAUAUAUUUGUUUUGUUUUUUUAAAUUAUAUACUUAUAAUAUCUUAUUAAUUAUAAGUCAUGUUCUGACUUAAAUUAGUUUUUAAAUGGAACAAAAAAAAAUUGUUUACGCUAUAACAAUUUUUUUAAAGGUAAUUCUAAUUUAAUGGGUGACAAAAUGGGAGUUUGAGUUUUAUUUUUUUUCCAUUGAAUGUUUUUAUGUUCAUGAAAGUGAAUAGGUUAUGCUUCAUUUCUUAUAAUUAAAAAAACAUUAAUCUUACUUUAAAAGAGACUUCAGCAUUUAUAAUUUUAUAUUUUAUGCUUGCAUUUAGUCAAGACAAAACAGCUUUGAAUUUAACGGGGUAGUUUUGUUGUUGACUCUGGGAUAAACUGUCAAAUACAUGCAGUUCAUUAAAUUUAUUAGUAAUAGUAAAAUCAGCACAAGAUUAUGAUUUUUGCUUAUAAUGAUUUUUCCGUAAAGUAUGAAAUAUUUUAAUUUGUUUGAUUAGUUAAUUUCAUUUUCUUCUAAAAUGAAAACCGAUGUGAUAGAAUAAGUAUCAUUUAGAUCAAAAACUGCGGGAUUAGAAUUUUUCAUUAUUUCAUUUUGUAUAAAUUUAAUGUAUAACAAUUAAUUGCUGUUUUUUCUAUUUUUGUAUUUAUUUAAUACAUUUUCUCUAGUAUAUGCUAUUUAAAAAAAAAAUUACCUAAAAAGAUGGAAAUUUAAUAUUUUCACGUUUUCUAUCUCUCUUUGAAAUUUCAUUAUUUUCUAUGAAAUAUGAACCUGCUGAAUAAAAACUAAAUGCAUACGGAGUUUUGUAUAUGUUUUUGCUAGUUGAAUUUUAAUUCUCAUAAUUUGAUUGCCUAAAUAAUAAAAAUCAUUAAUGAUUUAAAAAAAAAAAUCUGGAUGUUACAUACAUGAAAAAUGUAGAACUUAGACCUGAAAAGCCAAAAGGUGUUUUUUUCUUUAUAACUAUAAUGAGCCUGAAAUUGUAAAAAAUUAUAAUGUGCUUGUGAAAAAUGUUCUUUUAGUAGAACAUCAUUAAUCUUUCGAUGGUUUUAUAGCAAAACUAUUCUUAUUUAAAGAGGUAAAAAAUGUAGCUACCCUAUAUCGUAUGUUUGGGUUCCCUAUCAACUAAUAAUUAAUAAGUCUAUAGUGAAAUGAAACAAAUUUGGACCAUAUUAAAAAAAUAUCUAUUUGUUUAAAAAUUUAAAUUUUAAAAUGGAGAAUAUUUUUUAAUGUAUAGUUUAGUACUACUUAUAUUCAAUGUGAUGAUGAAUUGAUUAGGUUUUGAAUGAAGUCCUUAAGGAAUAUCUUUAUAAUUUUUCUAUCAGAACUUGAAGUGAUAUUUUUAAAGUUUGGUCUAUCUUUAUUUGUUUUGAGAAGACGUCCCUUUAUUUGUUUUGACAGGACGUCGGUAUUGAACAUUUCCUCAAUGGCCAUUCUAAAAAUAAAAUAUUUGCCUUUUAUUGUAGAAGUUCCAACACUUCAUUUAUUUCCCCAUUUAUACUUUAGUCAUGUAGUCUAUAAAUAAAAGGUACAUCUUCAUGUGUUUUAAAGGCAUACAUGAACUAAUCUAGUCAUUGAUUUUUAAUUUAAAUUUCUAAGCCCGCCUUAUUUUUUUAAGUUUAUUUGAAUUAAGAUGUCAUCUCAUUUCAGGCAGGGAAGAUUUGGUUACAAGUUAGCGCUUGAAAUUAAUUAUGAUGAAUAUUUUCGAUGUAUAAAACAUUUUAAAGUAAAUUUGAGUAAGGUGUUACUAAUAAAAGUUUAUUUAUUUCUAGUUAGUUGUUUCUUUUUUUUUUUUAUUUUAAUAUUGGAAUGAUUUUAUUUUAUUUUUCAAUUAGUACAAAAGUUAUUAACAUUCAUGGAUUUAAUUGGUAAAAUUAUAGCUAAUGUUUUAGCUAGAUGUAUAUUAAAUUAAAAUUUGAAUAUAGUAUCCACAAUACUAAACAUGACACCAGCAUAAAUAAUGUUUUUAAUAAUAUAAAAGAAAUAAUUUAAAUACAAACCUGCCAUAAAAAAAUAAUUGCUAUAAAAUACUUAAAAAUAGCAUUUUUCAGAUUUAUCUCUGGCGAAAUAGAAAACAAUAAUUUUGUGUUUGUAUAUUGUUUUUCAUAGUUUUUUUAUAUCUUUCUUUAAUCCUCAAGAAUGUAGAAAUUAUUUUCAGGGUGUUUGCAUUUUGACAAAAAUUUUAUUCAUCUAUAAUACUCUUUGUGAAUUAUGGAAGAUUUUUGAAAAUUUUAAAGUUUCCUUCGUUGACCAUUUCCACUACAGAUCUUCCAUUGUGUGCUGUGACCUUAAUAUUAAAAAAAAAAAAAACGAAGCACAAAAUAAUAUAUUUAUUUUUCUUUUCUGUAUCUGUACAGAUGAUGUUUAUACAUUUUUCAACUACUUAUGUGCUUCCCUAGUUAUUUUUACGUCUAAUGUGUCAAAGACUUAAUAUUUCAUAUUUAUGCUAGUAAUUAGUUUAACGCUUGUUCAAAUAUAUUUAAUUUUGUUUUGUAAUUAAUUUUUGUAAUAUUUAUUAAAUACGUUAUUUGUUCUAUUAACGUAAGUUUUGCACUUUUUAAAAAUGAUGCACAAUGUAUUUAUGCAACAGUUCAAAUGAAUUUAAUUUUAUAAAUAAAUAUCAAUUUAAAUUAUUUAUGACAUAUGAUAAGCUCAUGCUGUUAGCACUAGGUGUAACAUAAUUUUGACAAAUGACUGAAACAAAUAGAUAUAAAUGUUUUUAACAUGAUUAAUAAAAGUUAAAUUUGAUAUGAUUUAUUGUUUCCUUUUAUUUGUUUCUUUUUUUUCUGCCCCUAUCUCAUGAUAAGGGUUAAUGUAUUCCUCAAAUUAUUACAGUCAUAUUGUUAUUAAAAUGUUUCUAUUUCUUUCAAAACUGAUAAAGAGAUUAUGUGCUAAAUAUUUGUUGAUAAUUGAUGAAAUGUUGUUUAUUGUUAGUGCUAAGGCUUAAAUAUUGUAUUUAUUUCUAAAUUCUUUAUAUAAUUUUUAAAAAUAUUUAUCCCGACUCUUAAAAUUAGAAAUUUGAAUCUUGUACCCACAAUACUUAACAUGACACCAGCAAUAAUAAUGUUUCAAAUAAUAAAAGGUAAUUACCUCCUGUUUCAUUGACAUUUUGAUGGAUUCUGUAAUUAUGUAGUAUAAUGUUUAAGGAGUGAGAAGCAGCAAGUAUUGGAUUAUUGUGAUUAAUUUGCUUUAUAUUAAUGAAAUGGAGAAUUGGUUUUUUUUGUAAAAAAUGAUGAAAUUUAAAUUGUCAUUUGGGUUUUUUGAUCAUUUGAAAUGAGAAGUGUUACUUUCUUAGUUAAACCUGCUUAAGUAUUAUAUGUUUGGUAUUGAUAAAAUGUUUCACUCAUGUUAAACGUGUUUGGAAAUUCUACCAAUUUUAAAAUAAUUUUAUAACAUUUAUUUCGUAGUUUACUAAAAAAUACAAUAAGAUAAUUUUGCUUAUUUUGUUAUUAACGAUUUGUUUGUAAAAUAAGUUGUAACUUAGUUGUUUAUCGUAUCCGAAAGAUUUUGCCACUUUUUUUCGGUCUAGUCAGUCUCUCUCGAAAACCAUUCCUUCCUCCACAUUCUUUAACCAUUUCUUCCUUGGUCGUCACCUGUCUUGCCAAUUAUAAAAGCCUUGUCUCCUUUUUGGGGGUCAUCAACGUUUCAGAUGCGUAUAAAGUGAUGCUUUACAAAAAGAAAUGAUAGCAUUUUUUUGUUUGGAGACUUAUCUGCUUGUUUCAUAACACAGAAUUUAGUGUCCCAAUUAUCUGCCUUCCUGUUUUUCCAUGAUGUCCUUCCAUGAUGAUUCCUUAGUAUGUCGCUGGCAUCUUUGUAUAAAGACAUUUUUCAUUUAUCUAUAUUCCCAUCUCCAUGCAUUUCUUUUACCAUAUGUUCAGAACUUCUUCAAUCAUUUAGAUUGAACAACACGGGAGAUAUGAAAGACCCUUGUUUUAGGCAUUUUUAAUUUAACUAACUUAAAUAAUAUUAUGGAUCAUUUAUCCUAUUUUGAGGAAUUUAAAUUUUUUUUCCUUCUGCAGAAAAAUAUAAAGUAUGUUUAAAGUAAAUUGGAAUAUUAAUUUUGCUUAUUUAUGAAAAUGCAUUACGUAUUUUCAAUAUUAUUUAUUAUCAUUUAGUGUCAGUGCUAAUCAUUUUUAAACAUCUGUAUUAUUUAAUAUGGUGAUUUUCUGGUUUCCAUUCUCGUUUAAAAAUCAAACGUUUUUGUGAUUAAAGUUAUUUUGUGACUUAUAAGCAUAAUUAUAUAUUUUUAAGGACAUAUUAUACUCAAAUAUUUGAUAACUUUAUAAUUAUACUGUUGUGUCCAUAUAUUUUGAAUGUUUCAAUAAGGCUUCUUGAAAAAUAUGAUUUUAGAAUUUUUUAUAUACAGAAUUCCUUUAUUAAAAUUUCAUUUUUUUAAAAAAAAAUGUGUGUGAUACAUGUCAGAAAGAAUUACAUUUAAGUUUUUAAUAAAAGUUAAUGGAGGUAAUGUAAUCAAGUCAAAUAUUUGAAAGUUUUUUAUUGUUUUCAGCAGAUUUUUAUGUUUCUAAGCUCCUAAAAUCAUCUAAAUUAGAUCAGUAUUAUAUUAAACAUUUACAGAUUUCAUAAGUAUAACAACUUAAAUAAUUAUACUUGUGGAUUUUUUUUGUGGGACAUAGUUUAUUUUUGGAAUUUUAGGUUGAUACAUAACUAUUUCAUUUGAAUAAUAAUUUAUUUUUCAUAUCAAGAGAUUUUUAAUGGAUUUAAGUUCUAUAAAUGGAGUUUCGUCUACAUAUGUUAAAGCGAAAAUGAGCUGUUUAAAAACUACAACACUUUUAUUUUUAAUUUGUUUGGCUUCUGUUGAGACUCACUGACUAUAGCAGUUAUUUAAUAAUGAUGCAAAAAUAAAAGGAUGCUUUAUAUUAUCCUGAGUCGUGAAUCUUGUUCAACAUGAAUCCUCAUUUUUACAGGCUGGAUUUAGUAUUAAAAAUAAUCGUAAAAUGGAUUCAACCUAGUUAAUGAAGUAGGUAAAUCAUACUUUUUGGAAAAUCUUUCUUAUCUAACAUUUAACACAUUUUUCAAUGUACCGAUUCCAAAUUUAAUUUUUAUAAGAAAUGACGGUUAUGGAGUGCACUACAAUCAGUGUUUAAAAUAUUAUUUUCCUAAAUAUUUUUCUUUUUACUUGAAUUUUUCUAUACUUUAUAUACUAUUAAGUUAAUAUCAUUCAUUCAUUUGCAAAGAGAUUGUAAACAAUGAUUACAUCUGUAAUGCAUAAGUAAUUUCAUAUUGUAUCAACAUCAAACUACUACUCUGUUUAAAAUUGAAUAUAAUGUAUUUAUUGAAAAUACUCUGUAUUAUCAUUCUUGAUAUAUUUUUCCCCUGUAAUUUAGAAAAGAAAUAUAAGAUGUGAUAUUUCGUAUACAGUACAAUUGUUAUUUAAAGCUUAGUAAUAAUUAUAUGGUAAGACCUAUUUUUAAAUAUUAGUAAUCCAAGCAUUUACUGCAGUUAUUAAUUUAAUAUAUAUUGUUCUUGUAAAUUGGGUGCAAUAUAUACCUGUAAAUUUUGGACUACAAGUUUUUAUGACUGAAUUAUUAUUUUGAUAAACUGAAGUCUGAAUAUUUAACAGAUUGGACCAAUUCAUUACUAUUCUAAAAGAAAUUAAAAUGAAGUAUGUAAUCGCAAAAUAUAUUCAUUCGUUUUGUUUGUAGUUAAGAAAUAAUUUGUAUGGUGUUUUUAUAAUUUUUUUUUUUAAAGGAAACAUUAAUUAAACAAAUUAAGCUAGUAGAUGCAUUUUUAUAUUAUAGUCACAAACUGGUCACCAAUUAAAACCUUUUGAUAUUUAUUAACAUUUAUAUUUCUUAUUUUAUUAUAGUUUUAUGGAGAUCUUGUUUAUUUAUUUUUGAUCAAUCAAAAGCUGAAUGAACCCUGAAAGGAGAGGAGUACAUUACUUGUUAGUGGAGGUGGAGGAAUUAUAAAAGGUUCUAACCUAUAAGUUAAAUCAAAUGAUAAAAUAAUUUGUUUUGAUUGGUGGCUAAGCAUUAAAAUAUUGAGCCUUUUAUGUCUGUGUCACCUCAGACCAACAUGUUUAAUUAAGCUGUGAUUUUUAAAUUGGUGACAUUUUUUUUUUCCAUCAUGUUUGUAUUGUUUUCAAUGGAUCUCAUUGUACUUUAUACCAUAAAUAAAAC